AUGGCUUUGCAAGAUGUAUGCGGCCUGCUCGACCCCCCUCUGUUCCCUCAAUGGACUGCUCCACUCUCACAGUCCUUUAUGCCGGAGGAUUCCACUCACCUGUUCGGAGGGGGGAUUUAUGGAGAUGCUUUUUCUUCCUGGGUGCCUAGGCGGAGCUGUUUGAGCCCUCUUGAGUUUUACAUGCCAAUAACCGAAUACAUCACAAAGAGUCCUAUAAAUUUUGGUCAAACACCUCAAAGCUCGAACCGAUUGGAUGUUGACUACAUGCACCCCACACUGCCAUACAUCUCCAAAUCGGGUGCUCUGCCAUUCACUCUUUCCCAUGGGACUACGACUCUGGGUUUUGCAUUUCAAGGAGGAGUUAUUGCAGCGGCGGACACACGCUCCAGUUGUGCAGGGAAAGUGGCCUGUCCUGCAUCCCCGAAAGUGUUACCUAUUCACUCUCACCUGGUGGGCACCACUUCUGGGACAUCAGCAGAUUGUGCGCUCUGGAAACGGAUUCUGGCCCGGGAACUGCGGCUCUAUCAGCUCCGACACCGCCGCAGACUGUCAACCGGGGGUGCUGCCAAACUCCUGUCUCACAUGCUGCAUCCAUUCAAAGGCACGGAGCUGUGCGUCGCGGCCACUCUGUGUGGGUGGGACGGAGAUGAAGAGCCAGACGAGCAACCAAUGACAGAGAGAUAUGCAAGUACUACAACCACAAGCAAAUCCAGCAGCCAAUCAUCAGCAAGUUCUGGUCCAUUGUCGGGUGUGUGUGGGCCGAGGGUGGUGUAUGUGUGCAGUGACGGGCUGCGUCUGCAGGGGGCACUGUUCUCUGUGGGCUCCGGGUCUCCCUACGCGUACUCCAUCCUGGACGGCGGGGUCCACUGGGGCAUGAGCGCACAGGAAGCUGCAGCGGUGGCCAGAGAGGCUGUGUAUCGGGCCACAUACAGAGACGCAUACUCCGGCAAUAAUGUAGAUCUGUAUCACGUCACUGCUAAAGGCUGGAGGCGCAGAGAGAGGGAAAACCUGAAGGAGGAGUAUUACAGAGAGAAGGAGAGGGUAGCGCAGAAAAACACUGAAGAGAAAUCAAUUCAAUCAAUCAAGUGAGGUGACAGAGAGAGAGUUUGAGGAGUAAAACACAAGGGGCAGAAUAAAAUAUAUACAUACACAUACUUAUACAGUUGAAGAAUUAUUCACCCUCCUGUGAACUUUGUCAAAUAUUUCCCACAUGAUGUUGAACAGAUUCAGGAAUUUCUCACAGUAUUUCCUCUAAUAUUUGUUCUUCUGGAGAAAGUCUUAUUUGUUUUAUUCUGGCUAGAAUAAAAGCAGUUUUUAAUAGUUUUAAAGCCAUUUUAAGCUCAAUAUUAUUAGCCCCCUUCAGCAAUAUUAGUGUUGGAUUGUCUCCAGAAUAAACCACUGUUAUACAAUGACUUGCCUAAUUACCCUAACUUUACCCUAAUUACCCUAGUGAAGCCUUUAAAUGUCACUUUAAGCUGAAUACUAGUGUCUUGAAGAAUAUCUAGUCUAAUAUUAUGUGCUGUCAUCAUGACAAAGAGAAAAUAAAUCAGUUAUUAGAGAUGAGUUAUUAAAACUAUUCUGACUAUUAUUAUGUUUUUUUUUCCCGAAAUCUUGGCUCAGUUGUACAGAAUAUAUAUUGUUUUUCUAUUAAUUAUUGACAACCCGAUUACAGUUCAUGUAUAGUUAGCAUGCACGUCAAUAUUCAGACAAAAUAAUUAUAUAUUACUUUGCUACGAAACUGCAUUUUCUUUUUGGUCACACUUUAUUUUAUUUACAAUUUCACACUUAUAAACCAUUACCCAAGACUUAAUAAACUACAGAUUAGCUGCUUAUUAAUAGACAGUAAGGUAGUAGUUGGGUUUAGGUAUUGGAUAGUAUGUAAAAUAAGAUCAUACCUUGUAAGUGCUAAUGAACAGUUCAUUCAUUCAUUUUCUUUUUGGCGUAGUCCCUUUAUUAAUCAGUGGUCACCACAGCGGAAUGAACCACCAACUUAUCCAGCAUAUGAUUUACACAGCGGAUGCCCUUCCAGCUGCAACAUCCAUACACACUCAUACACUAGCUUACCCAAUUCACCUGUACUGUAUGUCUUUGGACUGUGGGGGAAACCGGAGCACUCAAUGGAAACCCCCACGCGAACAUACAAACUCCACACAGAAAUACCAACUGAUCCAGCUGAGGCUCGACCUUCUUGCUGUGAGGCGACAGCACUACCUACUGCGCCACUGCAUCGCCCGCCUACUGAACCGUUAAUAUCUUAAAAACAGGCAGGUAAUAAGCCAGCCAAUGGUGUGAAUUUUUCCUUAAACUAAAGUGUUUUGUUUUCUUUUCAGUGGUUUUGUUGUGAUUGAAAAUCAUUCAAUCAAAUAUAAUUGUAUAACUCUUCUGAUGUUUAACCAUUGCUUCGUAUUGAUG